AUGACUCCUCAGUUAAACCUCCUCGUAGUUUUAGCGGCCAUUUCCGCAGUUUUUGUGGAAGCCUUACCUCCUGGAAGACGGGGACCGAUGGCAGAACCUGGUCCUGCACCGGAGCCAAUGUCAAUGGGAAAUCAAAUGACAAGACCUGAACCAAUGCCCAUGGGUGCUAUGCCAGGGGGACGUCUUUCACAAAGAAUGCCUAUGGGUGCAGCACUUAUGCCAAUGAGAAUGAUGCCCAUGAAUGCAGUACCAAUGAAGAUGGCUACAGGUGCCAUGGGUCAAAUGCAAAUGGCUAAAAUGGCGAUGAAUGCCAUGCGGAUGCCAAUGAGACCUAUGCCUAUGCCCAUGCCAAGGAAACAGAUGCCAAUGAAUGGAGGAGCGAACGGAGCAGGAGGUGCUGCUGCUGAAGGUGCUGGUGCAGCAGGUGGCGAAGGAGCCUCAUCUGGUGGUCCACCUCCUCCCGAUGAUCUUGAGGGAGCGGCCGCCGCUGCCGCUGGUCUUCCACCAGAUGAUCCUCUCCCACCUUCAGCUGGAUCUGGAUCAAAUGCUCAAACGUCCAUGCCUAGAAUGCCUACACCCAUGGUUGUGAUGCCAACCCCAAUGAUGACCCCAAUGACCAUGAUGACAAUGCCAGGUGCCAUGGGAAUUCCAAUGAUGCCAGCUUCAGGAAUGAUGUCUGGUGCCAAAGUCAUGAUGAUAGCACCGGGAAUGAUGUCUGCUGCUGGGGGCAUGAUGAUGCCUGCUGCUGGAGCCAUGAUGCAGGCACCAGGAAUAAAGCCUGUUAACGGAGCCAUGAUGCAAGGAGCAGGUGCUAUGAUGAUGCCUAUGAUGGCUAUGAUGCCUGGACAAGCAAUGGUUUCAGCUGGUGGCAUGAAACCUGCGUCAACUGGAAUGAUGAGUGGAAGCAGCGGAAUGCCAAUGGUCAAGAUGCCUAUGGGUUCAAUGAUAGGUGCCGGAAUGAUGCCAGUUGGGAUGGGAGGAAAACCAUCGCUUAUGCACAGAAGACGAUACAGAAGGGCAGCACACGUUAACAAGUUUGCUCCGAUGCAAGGAAUGAUGGGCAACAACAUGGGUACUCCUAACGGAAAUACAGGGUCAAUGAGUAUGAUUCAAGGAGCUAUGGGAGAUAUGAACAUGGCAAACGUAAUGAAUGCAAUGAAAAUGUCCCAAACAAACAAAAUGGACGAUAUGACAAAACAAAUGAACAACAUGAUGAAUGCAGUCAAAGGUUCGCCGAACAUGAAUAUGAUGGGUUCACAGAUGGAUGACAUGAUGAAUCAAAUGAACAUGAUGAAUGCUGGAAAAGGUUCACAGAACAUGAACAUGAUGGGUUCACAGAUAGAUGAUAUGAUGAAAAUGUCCCAAAUGAACAAAAUGGAUGAAAUGAUGAACCAAAUGAACAACAUGAUGAAUGCUGGAAAAGGUUCACAGAAUACGAAUAUGAUGAAUGCACAGAUAAAUGAUAUGAUGAAAAUGUCCCAAAUGAACAAAAUGGAUGAUAUGACAAAACAAAUAAACAACAUGAUGAAUGCAGUCAAAGGUUCACCGAACAUGAAUAUGAUGGCUUCACAGAUGGAUGAUAUGAUGAAUCAAAUGAACAUGAUGAAUGCUGGAAAAGGUUCACAGAACAUGAUGGGUUCACAGAGGGAUGACAUGAUGAAUCAAAUGAUGAAUGCUGGAAAAGGUUUGCAGAUGGAUGAUAUGAUGAAAAUGUCCCAAAUGAACAAAAUGGAUGAUAUGAUGAACCAUAUGAACAACAUGAUGAAUGCUGGUAAAGGUUCACAGAACAUGAAUAUGAUGGGUUCACGGAUGGAUGACAUGAUGAAAAUGUCACAGAUGAAUAAUAUGAUGAAAAUGGCAAAUAUGAGGGAUCAAAUGAAUGACAUGAUGAAUUCUGCAAAUGAUCAGUCUAACAUGAAUACUAUGAUGGAAAUGGCUAAUAAUGUUCAAGAUUCAAUGAAAAUGAAAAUGAUGAAAAAUGCCAUGAAUAUGAUGUCAAUGCCAAACAGUAACAUGGGUCAAGGUGCUAUGGGGGCUAUAAUGAGGGCUUGUAUGACAAUGGUAAAUGGAAUGAAUAAUGGUAACAUGAAACCAGCAACCAAUGGUGAAAUGAUGCCUCCAAUGCCCGAGCCAAUUUCAAUGAAUGGCAUGGCUUCAUCAGUGAAUGGUAUGAACAUGAAUAGUAUGGGGAUGGAAAUGCCAUCACCCUCACCGUCUCAAAUGAAUGGUAUGGAUAUUGGAAACAUGGGAAAUAUGAACAUGAUGCAACCAUCCAAAGGAAAUAUGAUGCCUGAACCUAUGCCAAUGAAUGGUAACAUGGGAAAUAUGAAUGAUAUGUCAUCAUCAAUGAAUGGAAUAAAUAUGAUGCAAGCAUCUAAACCUGACAUGAUGCCCACAAUGCCAGAACCAAUGCCAGUGAAUGGUAUGCCAUCUUCAAUGAAUAACAUGAACAUGGACAAUAUGGUAAUGAAUAAAAUGAUGCCAAACUCUCAACCAGACAUGAUGCCCAUCAUGCCAGAACCUGCUCCAAUGAAUGGUAUGGAAAAUGGUAAUAUGAAUGGUAUGCCAUCAAUGAUGAAUGGUUUAAAUAUGGGAAUGAUGGCAUCUAUGAAUAAAAUGAUGCCAAACUCUCAACCAGACAUGAUGCCCACCAUGCCAGAACCUGCUCCAAUGAAUGGUAUGGAAAAUGGUAAUAUGAAUGGUAUGCCAUCAAUGAUGAAUGGUGUAAAUAUGGGAAUGUUGGCAUCUAUGAAUAAAAUGAUGCCAAACUCUCAACCAGACAUGAUGCCCACCAUGCCAGAACCUGCUCCAAUGAAUGGUAUGGAAAAUGGUAAUAUGAAUGGUAUGCCAUCAAUGAUGAAUAAUGUAAAUAUGGGUAAUAUGGGAAUGAUGCCAGCACCAAAAGACAAUAUGAUGUCUGCUAUGCCAGAACCCAUGCCAGUGAACAGCAUGCCUAUGAAUACAAACAGCAUAAACAUGGGGAAUAUGGGAAUGAUGCAAUCUCAAAUGAAUACUAUGCCAGCACCUAAUCAAGCCAUGCCACCAACUAUGUCUGAACCCAUGCCAUCAAAUAGCAUGCCACCUUCAAUGAAUAAAAUGAAUAUGGGUAGCAUGGCAAACAUGCCAUCUAUGAAUGGAAAUAGCAUGGGAAAUAUGGGAAUGACAUCAUCUACAGGCAAUAUGAUGCCUCCUAUGCCAGAGCCAAAUGCAAUGGCAAUGAAUAACAUGCCAACACCAAUGAACAGAAUGAACAUAGGUAACAUAGGAAUGAUGUCAAAUCAGAUGAAUGGUAUGCCAAAGAUCUCCCAACCGAAAUCUGUCUAUUAGAGGUAUUGCUUGUACCUGUAUAGUACCAAAGAGCUUUCAACUUCUCUACACAACAAAAGGAGCCUUCAUAGUAUUCUAACUCAUGUGUGCAUGAUGUGACUGUACAUAUCCCGUUUGUGCCAAUCAAUAUAAAAAAGUUAUCACUGCUUACAAUGUGUGCCAUUGCCAUAUGUACCACUGUUCAUCAUCUUGAACUGUGGCUUUUAUGAUUAAAAGCAUUGUUAUUCUUGUGG